AUGGCCCUACGCUUAUCCAGACACGCGCCCCAGCUGCGUUGCACCAGGUCAUUCUCGACUUCUCCACGCUCCGCAAGAUAUUCCGAUACACUGCCAAACUUGAAAAUUGGAGCGCACACCCGGGUACUCUUCCAAGGGUUCACAGGACGGCAAGCGACGGCCAAUGUGAAAGAAUCGCUAGAAUGGGGCACGAAAAUUGUCGGCGGUGUCAAGCCCGGUGUGGAGGGUGAACAUUUGGGACUUCCUGUUUUUCCCCUCUGUGAAGGUGGUAUGUGUACAACCCGUAAUGGAUUGGACGCGCAGGAGAAGUCCAAACCUGAUGCCUCGGCAAUCUAUGUCCCAGGAAAUCAGACUGCACAGGCCAUUGAAGAGGCUAUCGAGGCAGAGAUCCCACUCGUCGUGGCUGUGGCUGAACACGUCCCUAUCCAUGAUAUCCUCCGAAUUCAUUCCAUGCUGCAAACCCAAUCAAAAACCCGUCUCGUCGGCGCAAAUUGUCCCGGGAUAAUCUCUGCCAUCGGCAAGUGCCGAAUUGGCUUCCAGCCUCUUCCUUGCUUUGCCCCUGGAAAUGUCGGCAUCGUAGCCAAGUCAGGGACCCUGAGCUAUGAAACUGUCGCAUCGACAACCCGAGCUGGUCUCGGACAGAGUCUUUGCAUCAGUAUGGGCGGUGACGUCUUGGCUGGUACCAACUUCGUCGAUGCGCUGAAGAUUUUUGAGCACGAUGAUGACACACACGGAAUCAUUCUGGUUGGUGAGAUUGGUGGUGUUGCCGAAAUGGAUGCCGCGGAGUGGAUCAAGGAUUAUCGGAAGCGAACUGCCAGUCCCAAACCUAUCAUGGCUCUCGUGGGAGGCCUGGAAGCACCUGCUGGUCGAAUCAUGGGGCACGCUGGGGCUUGGGCGGCUCCUGGAGAGCCCGAUGCGCAGACAAAAUAUCAGGCGCUAGAGCGGGCGGGCGCUGUCAUGGGGGGCAGUGGCAUUCGUCCCGGUGCUAGCGAUAUCUCGGUCACUGGCUCUGGGAAGCGUGGAUUCCACACUAUGCGACGUGUCACUCCUGCUUCAAGGCCAGUGUUCCAGCAGAAUCGGAGCUUGUAUAUCAAACAAUUUCAAGCAUUCGAUCUCUUAAAAGAGAAGGGUGUUCUUGUUAACGGAUCGCCUUAUAAGUCCGACGCAUCUAUCUCGAUCUCAGUUGACCGGACAUCUCUUUCGCCGUGCAUCGUCGCUUCUCCAACCGCGGAUUUUGACCCUGCUCAAUCUCGCCGAUUCCCAUUCACUUAUUCCCAAGCCAACUUCGAUGGAAAUCACCUUAUUACUCAGGUUACUUCACAUCUGGGCCUUCCUGCGUCUGCGCAAGGCAGAGUGUCCAGCUUGGUUCAGGCACUGUGGGACAUCUUUAGGGAGAAAGAGGCAUUCGUUCUGGAGACACAGAUCGGAACAGCAGCUAACGGAGGUCUCGAGGUCCACACCGCAAGGUUCGGAUUCGAUGAUGCUGCAUUUCGCAGCUCAGGUCGACAGGAGGGGAUUCACCGCCUGCGCAACACUGCUGAGGAAGUUCCAGCAGAAAUUGAGGCCGAAAAGGACGGGAUCGUGUACAUCAGACUAGAGGGCGAAGGCAGCGUUGGCACGCUAGUCAAUGGAGCCGGCCUCGCCAUGAACACGGUCGACGCACUUACGAUUCACGGCGGCCACUGUGCCAAUUUCCUUGAUACCGGCGGCAAGGCCACCUCAGAAACGGUGAAGUCUUCUUUCCGGGUGAUCUGCGCCGACCCCCGCGUCAAGGCCAUUUUCGUGAAUAUUUUCGGUGGAUUGACGCGCUGCGAUAUGAUCGCUGAGGGGAUCAUCCUUGCCUUCCGGGACCUGAAUAUGCAGGUACCCGUUGUGGUGCGGCUGCGUGGAACAAACGAAGAACUUGGCCAGAAGAUGAUUGCCGAAAGUGGUCUGCCUCUGCAUGCUUUUGACGGGUUUGAGGAGGCGGCUAAGAAAGUGAUCACGUUGGCGCGUACUAUUCAGUAUUAUCCAAUUGCACCAUCUACUUUCAACAUGCUUUCUAAUCGAGAACACGCCAUCUUUGAAAAGGAGGGAGCUCAACUACGACGAUGGAUGGAGAAUCCCAGUGAACCAGGCUGUUAUAUCCCCAGAGCCAGGAUGUUCCUUUCGGAUUUAAUGGAUACCUACGAGAUGGACGCCCCGGAAAUCAAAGGAGAUAUUGGGCUGAAACCUCUUUCUGAUCCUAGCGAGGGUCCCGAAUUGCAGCAGUUUCAAUCUUUCCACUGGUUUCACCAAGAAAUGCAGUUUGACGGACAUGCAACACCCAGUUCUCUGACCAUAGAAAUAAUCCGUAAGCCUGCCGACCGCUACUUCGAGUUGCCGCCGAUUUCCGAGGUCGCGAAAGCCCUCUAUGAGGACUCCUUUGCUCUUGAUGGACUUGAGCAUAUCUUCGUCAAAAAUAUCCAAAACUACGAGACCAAGCGCUGCCUUGAAAAUUUUAUACUGCCUAAUCACCCACCGGUGCCAGAUUUAGGUAGCCUGACCUUGAACAGGCUUGAGUCGGAUGCCAUCCUGGGUAGUCGUAUCGGAAAAGUGGUUGCAUACUUCGUAUUGAGCGCAUUGUCUUUUUUCGAAAUAAGGACGGGCGACAUCUGA